CUUUUCUUCAAGUUCUUCGACGCGACCAUCAUCGAGCCCCGCCCGCCGCAGAAAUUUCAUCCAAACGAUGACGAAGUACAUUUUGGUCUCCGGUGGUGUGGUUAGUGGGAUUGGGAAGGGUGUAAUAGCGUCAUCAACAGGGCUGCUACUCAAAACGAUCGGGCUGAAGGUGACUGCGAUUAAGAUUGACCCUUACAUGAACAUCGAUGCAGGAACGAUGAGACCUCAGGAACAUGGUGAAGUCUAUGUGCUCAAUGAUGGAGGAGAAGUCGACCUUGAUCUCGGAAACUACGAGCGGUACCUUGACGUUACACUUUCGCGCGACAACAACGUCACAACUGGAAAAAUUUAUCGCGAAGUCAUUGAAAAGGAGCGAAAAGGAGAGUAUCUGGGUAAAACAGUUCAAAUUAUUCCUCACGUUACCAACGCAAUUCAAGAUUGGAUCGAACGUGUAUCCAAAGUCCCAGUUGACGAAACGGGUGAAGAGCCCGAUGUGUGCAUUGUCGAGUUGGGAGGUACGAUCGGUGAUAUCGAGUCAGCUCCCUUCGUAGAAGCAAUGCGACAAUUCCAGUUUCGUGUGGGUCAUGAUAACUUUGCACUCAUUCACGUGUCACUUGUCCCCGAUAUGCAUGGGGAGCAAAAAACGAAACCAACGCAGACGACUGUACAUUCGCUUCGUGGGCUUGGUCUCCUUCCCGAUAUCAUUGCUUGCCGACUCAUCGUUCCUCAACCGCUUCGACCCGAUACCAAAAACAAGAUUUCGAUGUUCUGUCAUGUUUCCCCCGAACAGGUUGUUGGUGUUCACGACGUUUCGUCAGUUUACCAUGUCCCACUCCUCCUUCAGUCGCAAGGGAUUGUCGAAUACCUCACAAGGCGACUCGACCUGCAAAAAGUCAAAACAACUAAGGAAAUGGUAGCUAAGGGCGAUAGCCUUUCGAAGCGCUGGCGAGAUCUUACCUCUAGGCAGGAGCGACUAUUCGACACCGUAACUAUUGUGUUGGUGGGGAAAUACACGGACCUCAAAGACUCAUACAUGUCUGUCAUCAAAGCACUCGAGCAUUCGGCGUUUCGAGUGCAGAGGAAAUUAAUAAUACAAUGGGUGGAGUCUUCGGACUUGGAGCCAGAAACCCAAGAGGCGGCUCCAGUGAAAUACCACGACGCAUGGCGUGCUGUAGUUGGUGCGAGUGGAAUUCUUGUCCCUGGAGGGUUCGGUGUUCGGGGAACAGAGGGUAUGAUGCUCGCGAUCAAAUACGCUCGUGAACAGAAGAUCCCCUUCCUCGGUAUUUGCCUUGGUUUCCAACUUGCUGUCGUCGAAUGGUGUCGUAAUAUUCUCAAUAUCCAAGAAGCUACUUCCACAGAGUUUGUGAAUGACACGGUGUACCCCGCCGUCAUCUUCAUGCCUGAGAUUUCCAAAACUCACAUGGGUGGCACCAUGCGCCUUGGAUUACGUCCUACUGUGUUCCAACUUGGUACUGAGACCUGGUCGCAAGCAAGAAAGUUGUACGGUGGUCAGGAGAAGCUUUGGGAACGACACCGUCAUCGUUACGAAGUGAAUCCCGAAUGGGUUGACAGAAUUUCUGAGAGUGGUCUGGCCUUCACGGGUAAGGAUGAGAGGGGUGAACGUAUGCAGAUAUUGGAAUUGAAAGGCCAUCCUUUCUUCCUGGGUCUUCAAGCACACCCCGAAUUCUGCACACGACCUCUCAACCCGUCACCGCCUUUCCUGGGAUUCGUGGCCGCUGCCUCAGGCUCAGCUAUCUUAAAGGAGCAGCUCGAGUUCCAACUCCACAACUUCAAACCACCUCAUCCUGUUGAUUCAAUGGUAGAUGAGCCUGCUCUUAGAAGUGUCAAUCCCACACCCCGUGGAGCCGAAGCGAACGCCCAUUCCAAUUAGUUAUCGGACGUUAGAAAGCUUUUAGAAAAUGGUAUACGCGAUCUAGAGGCGAUUUUUUAUUUCAACACCUAUGUCACGUUCAGUAAUGUAGACUUUAAUGUAGACUGUAUUUAACCGCAUAUCGAUCAAAAGUACUUUAAUUAUAUACAGCAUAAGUUACCCUUGAUCAUUCAUCAAUCCAACCCACCUACUCUCGGGUACACAAGUGUAGGCA